GGAGCGACGGGGCCGGGCCGCUCCGGCAGCAGGAAUCAUGACGACCUCAGGAAAAGAGAAUUUCCGACUGAAGAGCUACAAGAACAAGUCUCUAAACCCUGAUGAGAUGCGUCGCAGACGGGAGGAAGAGGGUCUUCAGCUCCGGAAGCAAAAGAGAGAGGAACAGUUGUUUAAGCGCCGAAAUGUUGCAACAGCUGAGGAAGAAGCGGAGGAAGAAGUCAUGUCUGAUGGUGGCUUCCAUGAGGCUCAGAUGAACAACAUGGAGAUGACUUCUAGUGCAGUCAUCACCUCUGAUAUGAUUGAGAUGAUUUUCUCCAAUAGUCCAGAACAGCAGCUUUCAGCAACCCAGAAGUUCCGAAAGCUUCUUUCUAAAGAACCAAAUCCUCCAAUAGAUGAAGUCAUAAGCACACCAGGAGUGGUGGCCAGGUUUGUGGAGUUCCUCAAACGGAAAGAAAACUGCACAUUACAGUUUGAAGCUGCGUGGGUGCUGACAAACAUUGCCUCUGGAAAUUCCCUUCAGACUCGAAUAGUGAUCCAAGCAGGAGCUGUCCCCAUCUUCAUAGAGCUGCUUAGUUCAGAGUUUGAAGAUGUACAGGAACAGGCAGUAUGGGCUCUUGGCAACAUUGCUGGAGACAGCACUAUGUGCAGAGACUAUGUAUUGGACUGUAAUAUCCUGCCCCCUUUAUUGCAAUUGCUUUCAAAACAGAACCGUCUCACUAUGACCCGAAACGCUGUAUGGGCUCUAUCCAACCUCUGCAGAGGGAAAAAUCCUCCUCCAGAUUUUGCCAAGGUUUCACCUUGUUUAAAUGUGCUUUCCUGGCUGCUUUUUGUCAAUGACACAGAUGUAUUAGCUGAUGCCUGCUGGGCUUUGUCCUAUUUGUCUGAUGGCCCCAAUGAUAAAAUCCAGGCUGUGAUUGAUGCAGGAGUCUGCAGAAGACUUGUGGAAUUACUGAUGCACAAUGACUACAAAGUUGUAUCUCCUGCCUUACGAGCUGUUGGGAACAUUGUCACAGGCGAUGAUGUUCAGACCCAGGUAAUUCUGAACUGUUCAGCCCUGCAGAGUUUACUGCACUUGCUAAGCAGCCCAAAAGAAUCUAUCAAAAAGGAAGCGUGCUGGACAAUAUCAAACAUAACAGCUGGAAAUAGAGCACAGAUCCAGACAGUCAUAGAUGCCCACAUCUUUCCGGCUCUUAUAAAUAUUUUACAAACCGCUGAGUUUCGAACAAGGAAGGAAGCUGCUUGGGCAAUCACAAAUGCAACAUCUGGAGGCUCUGCUGAACAGAUCAAGUAUUUAGUAGAACUGGGAUGCAUCAAACCACUCUGUGACCUCCUUACAGUAAUGGACUCAAAGAUUGUGCAAGUAGCACUGAAUGGGCUGGAGAACAUCCUGAGGCUUGGAGAGCAGGAGUCCAAACGCAGCGGCACUGGCAUUAAUCCUUACUGCGCUCUUAUUGAAGAGGCCUAUGGCCUGGACAAGAUUGAAUUCCUGCAGAGCCAUGAAAAUCAAGAGAUUUAUCAGAAGGCCUUUGAUCUGAUUGAGCACUACUUUGGAACAGAAGAUGAAGACAGCAGCAUUGCCCCACAGGUGGAUCUCAGCCAGCAACAGUACAUCUUCCAGCAGUGUGAGGCUCCCAUGGAAGGCUUCCAGCUCUGAAAUACCUCUUUGCUGUGUGCUCCUCUACCUAGCCAAUCCUGUUGUCGAGCCACAAGCCACCUGUGGAGUGAUUCUCUCAAUGUUUUCCAUAACCCUGUUUGCGCUCAUUUGCUUGCCUUGUGCACAUGCUCUUACAUACGUCUGGAAAACUUUUGGCUCUCCGUGGCAGGAUGCCCCUCCUUAGCAAAGGGUCACCAGAAUCACCCUUCUCCUCUAGCUUCUGAACCUCUCCACCGAUACCUUUGUGGAGCUGAGACACCUUUCUAUACUUUGAGAUAUUCCCUGUUCCUGUUAGAGGAAAAUAAUCCCUCCUCUGCUAUCCCCCACACUCCAGGCAUCCAAGAUG